AUGAAAAAAGGUGCUGCCAAUACCAAAAAAUGGCUUGAUGAGUGUUAUCCAGACUCUGCACUAGGCGAAGCAACAAUUCGUAAGUGGUUUGCAAAAUUCCGUACUGGUCAUAUGAGCACCGAAGACGAUGAACGCAGUGGACGCCCAAAAGAGGCUGUUACCGAUGAAAAUGUGAAAAAAAUCCACAUAAUAAUUUUGAAUGAUCGUAAAGUGAAGUUGUUGGAGAUAGCUGACACCUUAAAGAUAUCAAAGGAACGCGUUGGACAUAUUAUUCAUAAAUAUUUGGAUAUGAGAAAGCUCUGUGCAAAAUGGGUGCCGCGUGAACUCACAAUCGAUCAAAAGCAACAACGAAUUGAUGAUUCUGAGCAGUGUUCGGAGCUGUUACAUCGAAAUAGAACCGAUUUUUUUUGUCGAUACAUAACAAUGGAUGAAACAUGGCUCGAUCACCACACUCCGGAGUCCAAUCGACAGUCAGCUGAGUAG